AGCAGAGGUUCUCCGUGAAGAAGCUACUUGCACGACAACGACGAAGAAGCGGAAGAAGCAGCGCCCUGAGGAGCGCCUGACCAGUCAGUCACCAAGAUGGCGGACACAGACGUAAAGAAGAAGAAGAAGGCCAAGAAAACGGCCGAAGAUGUUGGGGAAAUCCAGCAGCAAGGGGACUUCCUCAUCCAGCCGGAAAGCAAAGUGCCCACACUGGACACGUCGCAGUGGCCCCUUCUCCUCAAGAACUUUGACAAGCUGAAUGUGCGCACAGCCCACUACACGCCACUUCCCAAUGGGAGCAACCCCCUCAAGAGGAACAUCCAGGACUACAUCAAGUCGGGCUUCAUCAACCUGGACAAGCCGGCCAACCCUUCGUCUCACGAGGUGGUGGCAUGGAUCCGGCGGAUCCUGCGCGUGGAAAAGACGGGCCACAGCGGCACCCUAGACCCCAAAGUCACCGGCUGCCUCAUUGUGUGCGUGGACCGAGCCACGCGUUUGGUCAAAUCCCAGCAGAGUGCCGGCAAAGAGUAUGUGGGGAUUGUUCGGCUGCACAAUGCCAUCGAAAGCGAGCACACGCUGGCCAGAGCCUUAGAGACGCUGACGGGGGCGCUUUUCCAGCGGCCGCCGCUCAUUGCCGCUGUCAAACGCCAGCUGCGAGUGCGGACCAUCUAUGAGAGUAAACUGGUGGAGUACGAUGCCGACAGGAGGCUCGGAAUCUUCUGGGUGAGCUGUGAAGCAGGCACGUACAUCAGGACGCUGUGUGUCCACCUGGGCCUGCUGCUGGGGGUCGGCGGCCAGAUGCAAGAGCUCCGCAGGGUCCGCUCCGGAGUCAUGGGAGAGAAGGAAAACCUGGUGACCAUGCACGACAUCCUGGACGCCCAGUGGCAGUUUGACCACAAUAAAGACGAGGUGUACCUCCGGCGCGUCAUCUUCCCUCUGGAGAAACUUCUGGUGUCGCACAAACGCUUGGUGAUGAAGGACAGCGCGGUCAACGCCAUCUGCUACGGUGCCAAGAUCAUGUUGCCGGGUGUGCUGCGCUACGAGGAUGGCAUUGAGGUCAACCAGGACAUCGUGGUCAUCACCACUAAGGGAGAGGCCAUCUGCACGGCUGUGGCCCUGAUGACGACGGCGGUCAUUUCCACCUGCGACCACGGCGUGGUGGCCAAAAUCAAGCGAGUCAUCAUGGAGCGAGACACUUACCCCCGCAAGUGGGGGCUCGGCCCCAAGGCGAGUCAGAAGAAGAUGAUGAUCCAGAAAGGUCUUCUGGACAAACAUGGAAAGCCCAACGGAAGCACGCCCGACGCCUGGAAGACUGACUAUGUGGACUACUGCGUCACUGCCAAGGAGUCGGACGUGUCAAGCAAGAGGAAGAGGGAGGGAACUGACAGCGAAGCGGAACCCGCGCCAGUCAGUGAGGAGACGCCCAAAGAGAAGAAGAAGAAGAAAAGAGAGAAGCGCGCCACAAUGGAGGCCACUGAAGCGCAGAACGAAACGGCGGACAUUGAGCCCAAAAUUGAGCUUGAAAGUGGCAAGAAAAAGAAAAAGAAGAAAGUCAGAGAGGAAGCUUCUUAGUGAUGAUUGUGACUAUUGCCCAGUGUCUGAGACUCAGUUUUUUUUUAUACAUACACACCCUUUUGUUUAACUUGUAAAUAAUGUCUUUGAUAAGUGCACACGUUUGUGACAUUUUAGAUUAAUCUAAAAUGAAAGGUUGAUGCCAUGUAUCAAAAGUUGCCAUGAAUAAAAAAAAUGUUUUUGCCUUCA